CUUGAACUUAUCUGUGCAGGAUUGGCCUCGCUUCUAUAGGAAGCGUUUUUCCAGCUGGCUUUCUCCCAAAUGCGUACGAAGCUGGUCCCUGGCACUUAUACUUUCUUUCCCUUUCGAUCCUUACGACAAAGACGUCAGUUAGAGAUUAUGUCGUCUCGAUCUGGAAGCCCGUCAAAGUUACUCUCGAUAUCACUUGACAGGGCUAUGAUUUAGGCCACCUCCCUCUUCGCGCCUCCGAUCUUCUCUGAAUAGUCAGGAAGCACCAUCUGCACCUCCAAGCCAUGAUCGACACCUAUAAAAGGGCUCAGAUCUUCCCAGUUUCCCAACGCAUUCAUCGCUCACGCAGAACAUGCCCAAGCCACUCAACUAUCAUCCUCUCUUUACCACCAGGACGGAAUUCCUCUCUGUCGAUGAACGCGUAUCACUGUCCUACAAGAGAGCAAGGUUGCUCAUGCAGACCUACGAUUUGUCGGUUACCGACAUACAAGUCUGCUCGCACAGAUAUUGGUCCAUGAUGACCGACCCCAUAAUGUCCCUAGAUACUGCCAUGUUCACUAUUUUAGCCGCUCACGUCGGCCUUACCAUCGGGACUCUAUCCCGUCAUUUAAAGCAACGCCCUGACUUCAGGGAGCUCGUUAAUCGCCUCUUGCGGUUCGAGACAGUUGGUAUUUACCUGCUGACUGAGAGGGGUCACGGCCUUGAUGCGUUUAACAUCGAGACGACAGCCACUAAAACUCAAGGAGGGUUCGUCAUCAAUACACCACGCGAAGAGGCUUCCAAGUUUAUGCCGGCUUCUACGCCCGCCUUCGGUAUCCCGAAGGUCGCUUUAGUAAUGGCAAGGCUCAUUUUUGACGGAGAAGACCGCGGCCCUCGCUUCUUCGUCGUUCCGAUUUGUAAUGAACAAGAGAUGUACAAAGGAGUAGAGUCCAUUCGGCUGGGUCCCCGUCCAGGAACAUCCCCGCUUGAUUUCUCCAUCACUCGCUUCAACAACGUGCUGGUUCCCCACACGGCCCUUGUGGCAUCGAAGCUCGAUGACUACUCUCUACCUGAAUUCCCACUGCAGGCUUGGUGGAAUGAAGUAUGGCGCAUUCCCUACGGGACAAUGGCUGUUACCGCCCCAUGGAUAUCCUCCAUCAAAGCUGCCGCUUACAUUGCAGGAAAAUACUCCAUACAUCGGUGCAUAACGGGCAAGGGGGAAAGCCAUUUACCCAUCAUAUCAUUCAGAACACAACAAUGGCCGAUCAUUCACGCAACAGCCGUUGGCCGUGUAAUGAGUAACUGGUAUCAUAUCGCUAUUCCACAAACGAUGGACAAGUCACUUGAUCCGCGAGUUCGACAUGGCAUAGCCGUCAUCGUGAAGACCACCGCCUGCCGCCAUUUCCAACGCUGUGUACCAGAGGUUGCGGAGCGUUGUGGUGCACAAGGCACAUUCGAACACAAUUACAUGGCCCGCAUCGAGAACGACGGGAAAGGUGUCAUCAUCGCCGAAGGGGAUGUCCUCACCUUGUGUAUUCGGUUGUUCUCCGAGUUGGUGCUACAGAGAUAUCACAUAGCCAUCCCUGAUCCCUCAGAGUCGCUGCUUGCGCAACACGCACACUCGAUCUUGGAUGAGAACCGUGCUUUACUUCGCCAAAUACCGGACGGACACCGCAGCGAAGCCUUUAAUUCUAUCGUCCUCCCGCAAGCGGAGUCCACUAUCGAAGCCAUCGGUCACGCUAUGGCCUACUCUGCCGCUCUUCACAGCGGCCUCCCGAGACCGAUCCUGGACGUGUACGAGUGCGCGGUGAUCCGAAGGGAUCCAGCCUGGUACUCUGAAAACGCUGGCCUAACCCGCCUUGCGCAACGUAUGCGUGAAGACAGAGCGGUGACUGCCGCAAUGCCCCACUUAGAGAGCUACCUCGACGAUCUCCAGAUCGAGGGAUACGUUUCUGCGCCUAUAGUUUCCGACAUGGCGUGGAAAGAGUACGUAGGCGCUAUGCCCGUCUAUGUUGGGAAUGCGGUACCCAAAUCAAUGGACCAGGUGCAAGCCAUGCUGUAGGUUUGUUCUGUCCUUACUCGUUAGUCCCCGCGAAAGCUCAGUGUGGGAACUGGAUGUUAUAUUGCACGCGUUUUACCGCAGAGAACGGCUGUCCCCCAUUGCCACUUUCUUUGCCUUCUCAAUCUUCAGUGACACCUAGUACCCAGUGCCACAUUCCCAAGCCUGCGUAUCCCUUGUUUCUCUCGCUAUGUGUGUAUUGUAAUGAUUUUUCUCGUUCCCACCUCAUACCCUUGUGCAUUUUUGUAUUCCCACUGUAUUACAUUUUAUGCACCUUCAGGGUCACUGUCCGUGGACAUUCCCGUAUAGCGAUAUACUACUUAUCAUUCUGUGAAUCGUGCAUGCAUCGUACAGUC